GGACAGUGCCUCCUCUUUGCAGGGAGCCCAAAGGCCCUGGGGGUGGCAUCUCUGCCCUUUGAGCUGCAGGCUUCCCAGCUGGAGGCAGCAUCGCUGGAGGAACUAAGAGGAGGACGGUCGCGGAUGGUUCCCCCUGGAUGUGUAUGAAAGAGUAAUGUCCCAUACUUUAAUGAGCACAGUAUAGAAAAAUCAUAUAACUAGCCAUGGCUUCUAAACCAAGCCAAACACAAGGAAAAGCCUCUUCAGAAUCUUCCAAGCUGCAGAAGAAGACAAAGCAAGUAUCAGAGAGAAAAGUUAGAAGUGAAUCUGAUUUUAAAGAAAGAGAUCUACAAAGAUGCAUGGAAGAAAUUACUGAUUUAAUUUUGCAAAAUGAAAUACCAAAAGCUGAAUAUGUCAGCUUGCUGAAUGACUAUGUCGAGUCAGAGUUUUUUCUGGUUGAUGGUGAUUCAUUGUUCAUCACUUGUGCAAAUGAAGUAACAUUACAGCGAGGACAAAACUUGCACUUCUUCUACUUAGUUGAACGUUUUCUUCUGGAUUUAACAAGCAAAGGGGCAAAAUAUAUCAUUGUUUUCUUUAAGGAUGCAGAAUAUCUAUAUUUCAAAAAUCCUGAUCUUGUUUCUUUACGUCAAGCAUUGAUCAUGCAUCUAAAGAAGAACACUGAAAUACCAAUACAUACUGAAUUUUCUAAUUGCUUAGACUACAGCUGGCAGCAUUUUUUGAAAGAGAACUAUCCCUAUUUCUUAAUAGUCUCAGAUGAAGGAUUGGAUCAAUUGCAGACCAAUUUUCUCCACUUGUUCAUUAUUCAAACUUUAUCAAGCAGAAUCAAUGUCGUGCUUACUUCUGGUCAAGAAUCAGAUGUUCUCAGGGUUUAUGGGUACCAUAUCCACAGUGUACACUAUCACCAGAGUUUUUUUAAGCAGCGUGAAGCAACAGUAAAGCUUUACUAUAAAACACUGAUGAAGAACUUGAAAGAAUUGAGUACAAAAGCAAGCCUUUCUGUUGAUGACUGUCCAGAUCUGGAGGUUUUGACAGCAAAGGUUCAUAAAAAACUCAGCCAAUUUGAUAAAGAAAUGGAAGAUCUUCGGUACAUCAUCUGUAUUAUCACUUGCUCACUGGUCCUGGAAAUGCACAACAAGGUACUAGAAAGUAAAACUACCUCUACAACACAGAAAUAUAUGAACACAGCAUUAACACUGCAAGAAACUGAAGACCUAAUGAAGAUGUAUUGCCUCAGUGUGGUUUUUCUCCACCAUCUGCCCCUUGAGCAGCGAGCUCGGGUUAGAUUCAUUGAUGUCUCCUGGAAGAAAGAAGCUCUAAGAUUUAUGCAGCAGCAUAAACUGUGUGAAUUUUUUGUUCUGAAACAUCUGACCACCCAGAUUUCAUGGAAAAUGGAUUUUUCUCCCCUGCCUGAUUUAAGUGAUAAUCUUUUGUGGAAGAAUAUUGCAUUUUAUUAUGAAGUAGAAAAGGGCCCAGGAUUUGAUUUGGAUAUAGGAACAAUAAUUUGUAAAGACUAUGAACUUUUGUGGAAACAUAUCACAGCAUUAUCUGAAUCAUAUAAUACUGGACCACCUUUUCCACUGCGGACAACUUCUUGCUGUUUCCUUGAAAAGGAAUGUUCACCUAGUAGAAAAGAUAGUGCAUCCAAGCUGGCAUUUCCUAAACCAGGACUUGUCCCAAUGGAGAAUGCCAUAGUGAAUGAAUUUACUGGGGAUAUUUUAACUGAUUUGCCAUUUUUGAAAAGUGAUGAUCCUGUGGUUAUCUCACUUAAGAAACAGAAAGAUUUUGAUGAACUUCAGCACUGGCAUUCAGGAAAGCCCCUUAGUGAUGAUUAUGACAGAACACAUGCAGAUGAAACAUCCAAAAGCCCAAAAGCUCUACGACAGCAACAAAAACUGCAAGCUUAUCUACGAUUUUAUGGAGAAUCCCUAGAAGGUGACCUGUCAAAAACAAUUGUUGCUCAAGCAGAUCCUCCAAAGAAGGCUUAUACUGAUGGCAAAAAAAGCAAGAAAGUCCAAAAAACCAAAGCAGAAAUAAUUAUUGAGGAAAAUAAAAAAAGAAAAAAAACUGAAGAAGAAGAUAAAGAAAAACAUCAAUGGGCUACUCUUUCAGUGUCAAUUGAAAUGAAAAUUAAAGAGAAUAUGACAUCUGGGAUUAAGUAUCUAGAAAACUUUCUGAAAAAAUGUCUGAGUGCAUCUGUGAAGUGUAGUGCUGAACUGGCAGCACUGAAUGUUUGCUUCAGCUUAUGGCAAGAACACUGCAGGACAGAAGGUAAAACUGAGAAGAACUUAAAUAUAGCUGCUGAAGUGAUGAGAAGAAUCCAUUCAUUGAUUGCAAAUUAUGAGCAUCUGGAUUUAUUGAAAGAGUCUGAAUUCCACCUGAUUGGCAAAUGUCUCUGUGACCUUGGAUUUGACAACUUGGUAACUUCUUUAAAAUAUAUCAAGGUUUCAGAAGAUGAACGAAAAGAACCUAAAAGGAAGCAUAUGGAGUAUUCUGUUGGCAUGGGAUCUUCUCGGUUUCAGUUACAGUGUAUGGGCCAUUUUCUUAUACGGGAAGAAAGAAAAGAUCCUGAUCCCAGAGUGCAACAUUUUAUUCCUGAUACAUGGCAGAGAGAGCUUCUUGACAUUGUGGAUAAUAAUGAGUCUGCUGUAAUUGUUGCUCCUACGUCAUCAGGCAAGACAUAUGCUUCUUACUACUGUAUGGAGAAAGUUCUGAGAGAUGGUAAUGAUGGUGUAAUUGUGUAUGUUGCACCUACAAAGGCUCUUGUAAAUCAAGUAUGGGCAACCAUUUACAAUCGAUUUAAUAAAGUAAUGCCACCUGGUCUUACAAUAUGUGGUGUUUUUACACGAGACUAUCGCCAUGAUGCUUUGAACUCUCAGAUAUUGGUAACAGUACCUCAGUGUUUAGAAAUCUUACUUCUGUCACCUCGUCGCCAAGAGUGGGCCAAAAGGAUAAAAUAUGUUAUAUUUGAUGAGGUCCAUUGUCUUGGAGGUGAAAUUGGAGCAGAAGUUUGGGAACAUUUGCUGGCUAUGAUUCGAUGCCCAUUUUUGGCUCUCUCUGCAACCAUAAGCAACCCCAAGCAUCUUGCUGAGUGGCUGCGGUCAAUAAAAAAAUAUUGGCAACAUACUGAAACUGUACUAGCACAAACUCCCAGCUCUUUCACACCAGUUAAAAAAGGAGCCAAAGAAAAGAAAAGUGCCAGAGUACAAAAUAUCUCAUACGAGGUUAAAUUAGUGAUGUAUGGAGAGAGAUACAAUGAUUUAGAAAAACAUGUAUGCUCCCUCAGUCAUGGCGACUUCACAAUCCAUCACUAUCAUCCCUGUGCUGCACUGACUGCGGAUAAUCUUGAGAGAUAUGGUUUUCCAUUGGAUCUUUCCCUCUCUCCUCGGGAAACUGUGAUAUUGUAUGAUACUAUGGUAAAAGCUAGGAGAGACUGGCCAAAGGCAAAUGAGCUGGAUCCUGAGGUGUUUUUUAAGGACAAAAUUGUAAUCACAAAGGCAGAAGCAAGAUGUUAUGAAACAAAGCUGAAAGACGAAUUAGAAAUGUGGAUUAAACAAGGCAACAAAAAGGAGGCAAAAGAAGUGCUGGAGUUCCUCAAGCCUCACCCAACUUAUUCUUCUGAAACAGAGAUGAGAACAUACUUUCCUCAUUUUGUUGAAAAACUACAACAGAUAAAUAAAUUGCCUGCACUGUUUUUCCUAUUCAACAUCAAAAGAGUAGAACAUCUGGCUGAAGAAGUUUGUGCUUUCUUAGAGGAGAAGCAAAGUAAAAGGCAAAUUCAUGAUUCAGAAAAAGAAGAGCAGUUAAGAAUGAAAUAUAAAAAGAUGGAAAAAUCUUUGACAGGUCAAAAUUUGACAGAUGAAGCUAAAGUAACCCGUAAAAAAGAGAAAUAUUUUGUUCUGGAUGCUGGGCUUGAUAACAUAAGGAAACGUCUGGAGAAAAUUUCUGAGAUUCCUCCUGAUUGUACAUAUGCAAAUUGGCAAGCUAUUGAUAAUGCGUCUUUGGAGAAGAUAUUUCAUCGGCUAAGAUUCCUGAGAAAGCACAAAAUACUGAAAGACCUGGCACUAAGGGGCAUUGGAUAUCACCAUUCUUCUGUGAACAUGAAAGGGAAGCAGGUGGUAGAGAUGCUUUUCAGGAGAGGAUUUAUCCAGGUGGUGACAGCCACAGGAACCUUGGCUUUGGGAAUCAACAUGCCGUGUAAAUCUGUUGUUUUUGUACAAAAUUCUGUAUAUUUGGAUGCUCUGAACUACAGGCAGAUGUCUGGGCGAGCUGGGAGACGUGGCCAAGAUUUGUUGGGAAAUGUCUAUUUUUACGACAUUCCUUUGCCCAAAAUACAGAAGCUCAUAAAAUCAAAUGUACCUGAACUUCGAGGACAGUUUCCUCUGAACAUUUCUCUAAUACUGAGACUCAUGCUGUUGGCUUCAAAAGCAGAUGAUAAGAAGGAUGCAGAAGCAAAGGUUUUAUCAGUAUUGAAACACUCACUUCUGUCCUUCAAGCAGCCAAGGGCCUUGGAAAUGUUGAAGCUCUAUUUCUUGUUUUCCUUACAAUUUCUUGUGAAAGAGGGAUACGUGGAUCGGGAAGGUAAUACUACAGGAUUUUCUGGACUUGUGACACAUUUGCAUUACUAUGAACCUUCCAAUAUUGUUCUAGUUGAAUUUCUUGUGAAAGGCUUGUUCCACAAGUUGUGUCAACCCAGCGAAACAAAAAAACAAAACACUUUCUCUAGAGACGUAAUGGAAACUCUGGUCCUAGUACUGGCACAUCUUUUUACAAGAAAGGUUUGUCCUGCUUCUGCUGUUCAUUCUAGAAGGAAGUUUUAUCAGUCAAAGGUAUUUCUGGAAGAUCUCCCUGAAGAUUUUGCUGCUACUCUGCAUGAGUACAACUGCAAAAUAGGAGACAAUUUUAGACAGUUUCUUCAGAUAGUGUCCACUUUGGCUGAUAUGAAGCAAGAAUACAAACUUCCACUUUCAGAAUUUGAUUUUUCCAGCAGAAGACAACCUGACUCGCAGCUUGCAUCUCACUUAAUGAGCUGUGACAAAGGAAGGACAGCAGUUUCACCGUUCGUGUGCCUUUCAGGAAAUACAGAACUUAAUUUGCUUCAUCCAGAGACUGUCAACAGUGUCAUUUUGCGCACAAUAGGUAUUACAGCUGCAAACAUUCCUGUCUUUCAUACAAAGAAAUAUGACAAACAGGGAAGACAUAUGCCACUGAAUGCAUAUGUUCUUGACUUCUACAAACAUGGAUCUUUGGUAGCAAUGGAACAGGAUAAUGCUAUUCAUGAAGGAGAAGCUUACAAUUUGCUGAAGGACUUUGGCCUUGUUCUUAAGACAAUCAGGACUUCUUUGCACGAACUUUGUGACAAUGAGAAUGAUAAUGUCAUUCUAGCAUUUGAGCAAUUAUGUGAGGAUUACUGGAGUAAACUUGAAAAAGUGUAAGGAUAAAUCAAGAAAUCACUGAAGAUAAUUGUACUAGAAAAUGGUGCUUUGUCGAAUGAUAAUGCUUUGUUUAAACUGAACUGCUAUCACAAUCAACAGCACAAAAUAUUGUACAUUUCUGUCUGCUUCAUUUUUGACUGAGUAGAAAAGAAAUAAAUAAGUCUUCACGCUCUCCAA